AUGUUCACGUCGGCGAACGAAGACCAGAGCAAAACGAGUCUCUCCCCUUACGCACUCCAUGCAGCAAGGAAGAGACUGCCGGCAGCACCCUUAACCAUUCACUUGACGGAGAUGACGGAGAAGGCGGAGAGAAGACAGCAGAGAAUGAGAAGAGCUCGAUCUGUGGGUCAAGCUGCAUCUGCUCUCAGUUAUGGACAUGGAGUCCGCACAGAUGUCCGUCUUCCUCGUGGUGGAGAGAGAAGUGGAACAGAUCGCAGAGGAAGAAGAGCAAGCAGAUGGCUGAAUCCUUCAUCAAGCCCAUCAGCCGGCCCUUUGGUGGGCUAG